CAGCUCCGCCCUGCCCUGGCUAAAUUGGACGAUGGAAUGUAACCCGUAAGUCAGCCAGCCCGAUCGAUCAGCCAUGAACCACGUUCUCACCGUCGCAUGGAUGUGCCUGGCAGGUCCCGUUACAUAGGGUAUUCGAUAGAUCCGACCGGCUUCAAGCUUGGGCUGUGCCUCACACCAGCGUCUCCCCUGCAGGUCUCGGCCUGAACUUCGUCGUCGUACCGCCACUGUUCUUGACCAAGGGAGUUAUUUUAGCACACGUACUUGGCCACAUUCGGAAUUUCGUUUCGAUUAGGAGUCGCAGUGUCACCUAUCAGAAACAUAACGAGAUGAGUGGCGACCGCCAGGGCAUACGGAGCUGGAAGUGGGAUAUGCGUGCACUGCGGGAUUUCCUCUUCCCCCAUAUAUGAUGUGCAUUGCUCCUCUCCCCCCCUCGACAUGCCCACAGGCCCGGCUCUAGAUUUUCUUCUUUCUGAUCUCCCCCCAUUCUACUACUUGUUCCCACGUGGGAUCAUGGAUGAGACGACGUGCGUGUGCAAUAUUAUAACUACUGCGUAGAAUCACAACACCUAUGACUAGGACAGCAUCUUCCUAGCUGAAGAGCCUCGAUGGAAGACGAUUCGAGUUUCCGGUACCGGGUGAACUACAGCGAGAACAUUGCGCCCAAGUACCCGGCGGGAUUUCACGAUGGCCUCGAGGUCGUCCCUCACGCCACGCCGGUGUACCCCUUACCGGCGCGCGCUCCGAACCAUGUGAUUGGGAAUAGUCCGGAAGCGGAAGAAGAGAAGUGGUCUCCGAGUUCGAGAGGGUGGACCGAUGUGCCUGGGUCGGCAGCAACGUCAGCACCGUUACCACCAUUACCGCCACUACCACGGUCGCCGUCGUCGGAUGUAGAAAGUCAUAAAGAGAAGAAGGAGAAGCGACGGGUGCUGGGGCUUACCGUUCCGCUGUUUUGGACGCUGGUCGUGAUUGUGUUUAUUAUUCUCGCAGCGGCCCUUGGAGGCGGCAUAGGGGGUGGUUUAAAGGCGCAGGAAUCGCAGAAGCUCACUAACAAUGCCUCGAGCGAUACUGCAACAAAUGGGACAUCACCCUCAUCUUCAUCAUCAGGUGGCUCAACACCUACAUCUUCACAACCCGCGGCAACAACGACGGUAACAUCGACGGGUCCUUUACCCUCAGAUGGCGGGUGCCCGUUAAUCAACGGCCAGACGUAUACACCAUAUGCCGUAGAUGGGAAUGCGAUCCCGUUAUUGCCAGGGAAGGAGGGGCAGCAAUUCAAACAGCAGUGCUACACGAACUACGUCUCGUCUGCGACAACACAGGCACAUGAUAUUCUUAAGAUAUACAUGCCGACGCUAGAGAACUGCAUUAUGGCCUGCGCAGAGUACAACGCAGCGUACGCCGCGAACCUAGCGAAUAACACCGGUGUCGGCGGCGGUUUUUGCAUGGGCGUAACGCUGAAAAAAGUCAACGCCGGAUUCUGCUAUUUAAAGAACAGCACCGCUACUAAUGACACGAUGGGACACCCGGAUAUAUAUUCUAGCGCUGUGCUGCUUAACCUUGAUACUUCUACUUAGGCGUCUUUUGGCUUCAUCUUGAGGGUGGCUGGGUUUGAUAAGGCGUAUAUUAUGAGAUAUCCAGAGCCUUGUAUCGUAAAGUCCUUGUAUUAAAAAUCGAAUUUAUGGUAAAACUUGUGAA